UGUAAAGAGCGAAGAUAAGAUACAUGAAAUCGCUCGAUACGCGGCCGUAAUAGCGUCGCAACAAGUGUGCUAAAGCGGAAAUUGGAGGCAUGUAACACCGAGAGCAAACGAUUCUAUUUUUCAAUCACUGCAACGCGGAAUGCUGUACGAGGUGUUGCUCUUCGCUUUUGUUCUGGCGAAAUAGGUCAAUAACUUUACGGGCUGAGAAACUCUUAUGGAGAGCUGUCAACUUCCGAAACACGGGAAGAGGAGUUAAAGUCGCUCGUGAAAGCUGCACGCGCAUUUAACCCACGAUGGCGGUGAUUCUAAACUCCACGUCGUUCCCCAACGUUGGAAACGAGGACGACGAGGACGACGGUUAUGUUCCAUACGAUCAACGACCAGAAACCUAUAUUGUACCUGUAGUAUUCUUCUUAAUACUUGUGGUGGGUGUAACCGGAAAUGGGAUUUUGGUACUCACCCUUCUGCGUGACGCCAACAUGAGAAAUGUCCCGAAUACUUACGUGCUCUCUUUGGCUUUGGGAGAUCUUCUGGUGAUCGUGACGUGUGUACCGUUUACAUCGCUUCUGUACACGAUCGAGUCGUGGCCGUGGGGUCUGGCAGUUUGCAAAUUAUCAGAGUGCGCCAAGGAUAUUUCGAUCGGUGUCUCAGUUUUCACUCUGACCGCGUUAUCAGCCGAGAGGUACUGCGCCAUCGUAAACCCAAUUCGACGCCACGUAGCAGGAUUGAGCGCGAAACCAUUAACGAUACUAACAGCUAUCCUUAUUUGGGUGUUGGCGAUAAUUCUGGCAAUGCCAGCUGCACUUUUCUCUCACGUACCGACUGUACCGUUAAAUGGUAACCACAGUAUUCUGAUUUGUAGUCCAUUUCCCAAAGAAUUUGGGAAAAGCUAUCAAAGAGGAAUGGUGAUGUUCAAGUUCCUGGCAUAUUACGCGAUACCGCUGUGCGUGAUAGCGGGAUUUUAUCUGGGAAUGGCACGACACCUUGAAUUAUCCACGAAGAACAUGCCUGGAGAACAGUCGAGCGGUAGCAGCCAUCGUAUGGAACAAAUUAAAGCACGCAGAAAGGUCGGAAAGAUGGUGAUAGCCUUCGUAAUUAUCUUCGUCAUAUGCUUUCUACCAUAUCACAUGUUCAUGCUGUGGUUCCACUUUUACCCGUCAUCCGAACAGGACUAUGACUAUUUUUGGCACGUAUUCAGGAUCGUCGGAUUUUGUCUGAGUUUCAUCAACAGUUGCGUGAACCCGAUCGCGCUUUACUUCAUCAGCGGGACAUUUCGAAAGAGGUUCAACGAACACUUCUGCUGUCGUCUAUCGAAGAGAAGCUCGAGCGUCGGGCGAACGGAAACGAUGAACUGGAAUCAGUAUGGAAAUCGCGGAGUGACUUAUUCCGAAAGAAGACCAAUCGGUAGAGGAGGCCUUUACGAAACCAGCUUCAGUUCCACGAUCCCAAAGAACACGCAAGAUCUGUACUCCACGGCCGUCGUCGAGCUGGGAGACGAAGAUACAACUUGAGAUUUAGA